GGAGGGCUCCAGCACGUCUCACAUGGAUAAAGUGCAGCCUGGAUACGAGAACAUGGAGCACUUCAUCGCUGACUUUGAGCCUCAGAGACGAGCGCUGAUGAAAGUCGACUUCAUCAAACGUGAUGAAGACUACGAUGAGGAUGAAGAAGAGGCGGUGGAGGUCAGAGGGACGAGCUCAGCCAAUCAGCAGUCGCCUCUCUCUCCCGUUCAGCCUAUAGGUGUUCAUCUCUCAGCCCCGCCCCCUCAGAGACCCUUAGAGACCCCGCCCACCGUGACGUCGCCGACGAAACCCCCCGCCUCUUUAACCACACAGGCCCCGCCCCCUCUGCCCACAUCCACCGCAAGCCCCGCCCCUCAGUCUGAUCAGCAGAAUCAAUCAGAAGACAAAGAUGGAACAAAGCACGUCUUCUCCUUCAGUUGGCUCAACCAGAAGUAAAACCAGGUUCAGGAUCAAGGGUCCAGGAUCUGGAUCAGUCUCCAGUCGUCUUCUGUGACUUCAAUGUUUCUUUUUCAUUAUUUAAUUGUUAAAUAGAAGAUCUGAAUGUUUUCUGUUAAAAUGUAAAAUAAAUGUUCCUGAUGAACUUUGAGUUUUAAGACGAACAAAAACCGUGUGAUUCUCAAAAGGGUGAAAUGAACUUGAUGCUAAGCUAGCUUGCUAACACCACCAAGCUUCCAUCACUUCAAACAAUCCCAUCAAAUAUUGAUGUGCUUUCCUACAACAGAGUGUGUGAAGCGUUACGUUGUUACAUUUUACUAAUUUGGAUGGUUAGCUCGCCUGCUAAUUCCACCAGGGUUCAUGCUAACGUUGCACUGGAUACAGAUUCAGGUCUACGGUCCCUCUGGCUCCUCAAUGCUAGAGGACAGCAGGCAGGAGCUAGCACACUAGCUAGCUCUAUAGAUGGACAAGCUAACCCGCUAACUAACUCAAACUACUUCUAUAAAUUCUGUAGAAGAAGAAGGAGACAUUCUUCUUCUUCUUGUCACUCAUUUCUGAAACGUUAAAAAUAAUCAAAUUAUGCAUUUCUUGUGAAAAAGACUUAUAAAACCUAAAUGAAAAAGCGGUGGAUGAGCGGUGAGUGUUUGUGUAAAUAAAGUACGGUGAGCCGGCAGCAGAAGAAGACGUGACUUUGAAAAGUUUUAUUGUAAAUAUUAAAUGUUCACACCUGUUUUAA